AUGGAUAUUCGAAAGUUGUUCCCUUCAUUUUUGGACGGAGACUCAAGUUAUCCAAUUCAGGAAUUUAUUCCUCCUUUCUUGGAGAUCAGAAUCUUUGUGAUGAACCCUAUGCUCUUGAUAGCCCCACAUUUUCUUAUGUCCAUUGAGACGUCUGGGACGACAGUUACAUUCGUUGUAAUUGAUGGGUGGACUGUGACUGUUGCAUCUGUUGGGGAUUCUCGAUGCAUAUUGGACACACAAGGGGGUGUGGUUUCUCUGUUGACAAUUGACCAUAGGCUGGAAGAUAAUGCAGAAGAGAGGGAGCGUGUCACUGCCAGUGGGGGUGAAGUAGGAAGGCUCAAUGUUUUUGGAGGCAAUGAGGUUGGUCCUCUUCGAUGUUGGCCUGGUGGAUUGUGCCUUUCUAGGUCAAUUGGUGACACAGAUGUGGGGGAGUUUAUUGUCCCUAUACCUCAUGUUAAGCAAGUGAAGCUUUCAAACGCUGGAGGAAGGCUUAUAAUUGCAUCUGAUGGUAUCUGGGAUGCCUUAUCAUCUGAUAUGGCAGCACAAUCCUGCAGGGGUUUACCUGCAGAAAUAGCUGCAAAGCUGGUUGUUAAGGAGGCUCUCAGGUCAAGAGGCCUGAAGGAUGAUACAACUUGCCUUGUUGUUGAUAUUAUCCCUUUUGACCAACCAAUUUUGCCACCGACACCAAGGAAGAAACAAAAUCUUCUCAGUUCAUUCAUAUUUGGAAAGAGAUUUCAAACUUCUGUUAACAAAGCAACGAAACUUUCUGCCGUUGGGGUUGUGGAGGAAUUGUUUGAGGAGGGUUCUGCAAUGCUUACGGAAAGGUAUGUCAUCAUAACUCACCUUGGAAAAAGACAACCAACUCUUAACAUUACUAGUCUGGAACAUUUUCAGGACUAAAAUCUUUUUCUUCGUCCUAAAUUGCCUGGUGGUUUGGUGUCUCACAUACUCUGUGUUGAGGUUUAGGUUCACUCUCUGAUAUCUUGCUGUUAUGUUUAAU